CGCCGGGAGUCGGAGUCCUUUGUCCCUGGACGGUGUCCUGGCUGAGGCCCGGGCGGGGACGGCGCAGGCGGCGGGGCGGGCGCGAUCCGGGGCGCUGUGGGGCUAGGGCGUGACCUCCAAACAGCCCAGCUCCUCCUGGCACUGAAACUGAAGAAGGCGGUGACAUGAACUGUCCCCUCUGAUCUUUGCUUUGGCAACUGAGAAGCUCAGAGCCUAAUUUUCAGCUUUCAGCUCUUAUAUAUGAGCAUAAGCUUAAAUCAUCUCAGAAGGACAAGGUCCACCAGUUCAUGGCAUUUACUCAGGCUGGCAAGAGAAGUGCCGCCCACUGCUUAGAGCAGAGCAAGUAGACAGCAGACCUGGCCACGGACAGCUGCUUCCUGCACCCGAGCGUGUUCACAGGGAAUCCAUGAGAGCCUCUGUGGACAGGAAGAGACUGGAGCGGCUGUGUAACAGGAACAAAGACCCACAAGAUGAAAAUAAAAUUGGAAUUGAUGGAAUUCAACAGUUUUGUGAUGAUUUAAGCCUAGAUCCUGCCAGUAUCACAGUUUUGCUUAUAGCGUGGAAAUUCAGGGCUGCAACUCAAUGUGAAUUUAGCGAAAAGGAAUUUGUGGACGGCAUGACAGAACUUGGGUGUGACAGUGCAGGGCAGCUGGAAGCCCUGCUGCCAGGACUGGAGCGGGAGCUCAAGGACACGGUGAGGUUCCAGGACCUUUACCAGUUCACCUUCACCUUCGCUCGGAGCCCGGGGCAGAAGGGGCUGGAUUUGGAAAUGGCCGUGGCAUACUGGAAUCUGGUGUUUUCUGGAAGGUUUAAGUUUCUAGAUCUUUGGAACACCUUCUUGUUGGAGCAUCAAAAAAGAUCAAUCCCAAGGGACACUUGGAACCUUCUUCUAGAUUUUGGAAACAUGAUCGCAGAUGACAUGUCCAACUGUGAUGAAGAAGGAGCAUGGCCUGUUAUAGAUGAUUUUGUAGAACACGCAAGGCCAGUGGUCACAGGUGGUUAAAGCAGUCGUGUCUCGGCAGAAAACUGAGCUGGACUUGGAUGAACAGAAACCACGUCCUGCAGGAGACGCUGGUCAGCUGUGCCUGCCGCCCGUUUCUUCCUGACCCGCCAUGCGCCUGGAGACGGGGCCCCAGCUGCCGCUGUGGAGCCCUCCACGACCGCCGCAUUUGUGGGGCGGGCGGAGCCUGUCUGCAGCCCCUGCCCGCCCUGUGCUCUCACAGCCAGUGGUGGUCCGGUAACCACACCUGAGAACCUGCCAGUCAGGCGGCUGGAAACCUGUCCUGAGAAGGCGGCUGUUGUGGACGCUGAGGUUUUUAGAUUUGGUGCCAGGAUUAAGAUGGAAGUUUUUUGAAUUAUCCAGCUUCAUCAGUUCUGUUUUUACCUCACUUUUCUCUGGACGCUCAUGGGAAUGAUUUUGCAGGUCGAUGGGCUGUUGAGGUUUGCACAGCGACUUGAAACUGUGUGCAAGUCGGGGGUCUGUUCACUGCUAAUGGUGUCAGUUCAACUUCCUAAGAAGCUUCAUAAAGUAUGCUUUUUUAAAAAAAGAUUAUUUUAUUACAUUUAAAAAGACAUUUUUCCGUGAGAAUUUCUUUUGUGAUAAACUUAAAUUUAAAAACCAA